AUGCAAGUCGCCAAGGACGUGCCGCCGCCGCAGCCGGUUGCCGGCGGGGACAUGUCAGCGGCGCCGCUGAACGUGGAGGCGGCGCUGGAGAAGGUCGGCCUCCUCGUCCGCCGGAACGCCGUGGUGGUGUUCACAGUCAGCGGCUGCUGCAUGUGCCACGUGGUCAAGCAGCUGCUCCUCGGCCUCGGCGUGGGCCCCGCGGUCGUCGAGCUCGACCGAGACCCCUCCGGAGCCGAGAUCCACGCCCUCCUCCUCCGCCUCGCCGGCGGCGGCAGGCGGCAGCAGGUGGUUCCGGCGGUCUUCGUCGGCGGGAAGUACGUGGGAGGAAUCGAGACGGUCAUGGCCUGCCACAUCAACGGCACACUCGUCCCGCUCCUCAAAGAUGCCGGGGCUCUUUGGCUUUGA